AUGGCGUUCCGAUAUGUUUCCAAAAGGAUACCCGCCAAUUUGGCAUCGCACUCCCGUUCUUUUAGAUUCUCCUCAGCUGCCGCUGCCGCAGCAGUAGCGAAAGGCAAGCUCAAAGAGCAGCCUCCAGGCCCAGCUCCAGGCCCAGCUCCAAACAUCCUGUCCCAUCCCGACCCCGCCGACGGUUCGCGGAGCGCCUCGCUCGUCAACGAAAAUGCCCCCUACAUGGUGGCAACGUACUCGCGCCCGCCGCCCGUCUUCGUCCGCGGCAAUGGCUCGUACUUGUGGGAUAUCGAAAACAGGAAGUACCUCGACUUCACCGCCGGCAUCGCCGUCACCGGCCUGGGCCACUGUGACCCUGAGAUUGCCGAGAUACUGGCUGACCAGGCGCAAACCCUGGUGCACACCUCCAACCUCUACUACAACCCCUGGACCCUCUCGCUGCAAAGGCUGCUGGUAGAAAAGACCAAAUCCGGGAACGGCAUGCAUGAUGCCUCGGCCGCCUUCAUCUGCAACUCGGGCUCCGAGGCCAACGAGGCCGCCAUCAAGUUCGCCCGCAAGGUCGGCAAGGUCGUCGACCCGUCGGGCGCAAAGACCGAGAUCGUGUCCUUCACCAACGCCUUCCACGGCCGCACCAUGGGCUCCCUCUCGGCCACGCACAACCCCAAGUACCAGGAGCCAUUCGCGCCCAUGGUGCCCGGCUUCGUGCAGGGCCAGUACAACGACGUGGCCGGGCUCGCGGACCUGGUCACGGAGCGGACGUGCGGCGUCAUCGUCGAGCUGAUCCAGGGUGAGGGCGGCGUGCGCGUGGCGGACGAGGCCUUCAUGGUGGCCCUGGCCCGCCGCUGCCGCGAGGUCGGCGCCGUGCUCGUCCACGACGAGAUCCAGUGCGGCCUGGCCCGCACCGGCCGCCUGUGGGCGCACUCGGCGCUCCCCGCCGAGGCCCACCCGGACAUCGUGACGACGGCCAAGGCCCUGGGCAACGGCUUCCCCAUCGGCGCCGCCAUCGUCAACGCCCGCGUCGCCGACCAGAUCAAGGUCGGCGACCACGGCACCACGUACGGCGGCAACCCGCUCGCGUGCCGCCUCGCCCACCACGUGCUCGAGCGCCUGGCGGACCCGAAGCUGCAGGUCUCGGUCAUGGCCAAGGGUGCCGUGCUCGCGAGCGGCCUGAACCAGUUCUGGCGCAAGUACCCGGCCCUCAUCUCGGAGAUCAGGGGCCGCGGCCUGAUCCUGGGCCUGCAGCUCACGUCGGACCCGACCCCGAUACUGACGGCGGCGAGGGAGAGGGGGCUGUUGGUCAUCACGGCGGGUCAGAACACGAUCCGAUUCGUGCCGAACCUGCUCAUCACCGAGGGUGAGAUCCAGGAGGGGCUCCGCAAACUAGACCAGGCCAUCGCUGCGACACAAGCAUCAUGA